GCUCAGCUCUUCUCUGCAGCAGGACCUUACCUGAUCCUCGGUCCAGCGCUGUACAAUCUUCCCGUGCCGGCAUCUUUAGUGUCCACAGUCUCUGGUCAUCUCCUGUACUGUCUGCAGUCUCUUGGUCAUCCACUGUACUGUCUGCAGCCUCUGGUCAUCUCCUGUACUGUGUCCGCAGUCUCUGGUCAUCUCCUGUACUACGUCCGCAGUCUCUGGUCAUCUCCUGUACUACGUCCGCAGUCUCUGGUCAUCUCCUGUACUACGUCCGCAGUCUCUGGUCAUCUCCUGUACUACGUCCGCAGUCUCUGGUCAUCUCCUGUACUACGUCCGCAGUCUCUGGUCAUCUCCUGUACUACGUCCGCAGUCUCUGGUCAUCUCCUGUACUACGUCCGCAGUCUCUGGUCAUCUCCUGUACUACGUCCGCAGUCUCUGGUCAUCUCCUGUACUACGUCCGCAGUCUCUGGUCAUCUCCUGUACUACGUCCGUAGUCUCUGGUCAUCUCCUGUACUACGUCCGUAGUCUCUGGUCAUCUCCUGUACUAUGUCUGUAGUCUCUGGUCACCUCCUGUACUAUGUUCGCAGUCUCUCAUCUCCUGUACUGUGUCCGCAGUUUCUGGUCAUCUUCUGUACUAUGUCUGCAGUC